AUGGCUAUUCAUAUUUCAUAUCCGACAACGCCACAAUUUCGACAAGUAGUUGACGAUGUAAACAAGUACGCAAGUCUCUCACCAGAUAAUCAUGAUAAACAACUACCUACAUUGAAUUUCAUUGGCACUGUUAAAUUGCAUGGCUCCAAUGUAGCCAUUGGAUAUCAAAUAGAAUCGGGUUACUGGUAUCAAUCACGAAAUCGUUUGAUCACACCGUAUGAUGAUUAUGCCGAUUUCGCUCAACAUAUGAAUUCUCUUGCAGGACAGUUUUUCACUGCUCAUGUUCUUCCGUAUUGCCCAACUAUCCGUGAACAUUACAUGGGUGGUGAUAAAGUUGUCAUUUAUGGUGAAUGGUGUGGUGGAAAUAUUCAAAAACAUGUAGCUAUUAGUGGCCUUCCACUUAUGUUUGUUAUCUUCAAAGUGAAAAUAGUAAAUCAAUCGGAGACAACUGCACAUACUGCUGAUGCAGAUAAUCAAGAACAAGAACAAAAGCCUGUAAGGACCUAUUGGCUCGAUCCAAAAGAAUGGACAAAUAUAAAAUGGCAUGAAUAUUCUAUUUAUAAUAUUUUAGAUUUUCCAACUUACACAAUCGACAUUGACUUUAAUAAUGCUGAACUUUCACAGGAUAUAUUGACAAAAAUUGCUGAACAAGUUGAACAACAAUGCCCUGUAGGUACUUAUUUUAAUCGAUUAGGCAUUGGUGAAGGUGUUGUAUGGACCGAAUGGGUUCAAACACGUGGUAAUCUUACUUUCAAAGUCAAAGGUCGACAGCAUUUGGUCACGCAAGCUAAAGGAUUGGUGUCUGUUAAAGCAACAAGAUUUGCCGAUGUUGGUGAAUUUAUUGAGUAUGCAUGUACAGAAAAUCGAAUGUAUCAAGGACUUGACUACAUGCGUGAACAAAAUGUGUCCAUAGAAAUGAACACUAUGAAUAUAUUUCUCAAAUGGUUACGAGAAGAUAUUUGCAAAGAAGAAAAAGAUACUAUGAAUGUAUCGAACAUAAGCGCUACGAAAAUAAAUGAAGCCAUAAGAAAAAAAGCCGAAACAUGUUGGGCAGGAUUUUUCAGUCGUAAAGAAAAUGAGGCUUGUAUACCAAUCGUCGAUGAUUGUAAGUCUGGUUUAAAAUGUCGUCUGUCAGCAUCUUGCACGAUUUUCAGUGGUGCGAAGAAAGUGAUGUGCUGUCGACCUCCACGAAUAUUUAAAAAGUGA